GCUAUUUUGUCUUGGUUUUAAGGUCACCAACUGGUAAGCUUUGGCUCCCAUUGGCCAUCCAGUGAUGCUUCCUAAAAGUAGCAUUCAAACAAUGAGUUUAUGAAGCAGCGUUAAAACUUUUAAUUAGGGCAAUAACUUCAUGCCUAUGCCACUCCGUCGACUGGCUCCAAUAACCCUCUUUUGGCCUGGACAAGUAAGAGGCUUUGACAUGAGAGUGCAAAGCCAUUUUUUAUUUAAUGGGAAUUGGAAGUUUUGAAGGCCCCCAGUACAAAACAGUGCAUAAAAAUAAUAUUGCUCAUUGUCUUCCCUGUUAACAAGAGUUGACAUAAUUACUAGGGCCAUUUCUUCUCUAAUUAGCACACUUCCAGGGACAUUGGUGCGAAUGGUCCGGGAGAAAAGGAAAUCAGACAGGCAUGCUGAACGGCAAACAAAGAAUGCUCCAGCGAGCGUAAUUAGGUCCGACAGUGGCCAGGACUGUUCUCGGCUGGAGAUGUCGUAGAGGCUUCGGCUGCGGUUGGCAAGAGUUCACUCUUGCUCCCACCGAUUCUUAGAGGUAUGAAUCCCCCCAGUGCCUAAUAAGCCCCUAAUUGUCUUUCUGAUUCACAUGGAUAGAGGAAGUUGCUGACUCAACCUGCUGCAAAGCUACUGCUGAUGCACCUAAGCAAGUUUACUGGGCCAUGGCAACUUUCUGGGCAAAUAAUCUCUCAUACUAGGCAAGUGUUUAAGCAUAUGUUUUUAUUAGAAUGACUGCAUUUUGCAUAUUGUCAGUUUAAUUUACAUUUAAGCAUUUGGCAGAUGCUUUUAUCAUAUGUAAUUUACAGCGAAUACUUCAAAACAGCAGUGGCCAAAAGUUCCAACUUUUGAUACAUUUGUUUUAGAUUCAAAUACCAUAUUAAAGACGUAACAAAAUUUGGGUAUGCAUGUUCCAUACAAUAGUUGUGCUUGGAGUGUGAACUGGAGCACAGCUUUGGGGAAAAAAGUGUAAAAAAAAGAGAAAAAAUAUGCAUCAACUUAUGGAGUCAAAGGGCCAGGAAAAUGUCCACAAUAUAUUACUACAAGAGAGAAUCAACAACUAUUAAUAACAGAUCAAAUUGUUGUCAUAUAUUUUAUUUCCUGUUUUUGUGUCUCUAUCUACAAUUUUGUCUACCAAAUACCUUAAACAUUUAGUGUUUUAUCCAUUUUCACCUUUAAUCUAACUUUAGGGUGUAUUAAAAACCCACCCAGGCAUGUCUUUUGACCACUACUGUAAGUAUUCCCAUGUUCACUUGGAAACAGACUUAUAUGAUCUUUGCUCUUACAAUGCUGUGCUCUCCAUUUGAACUACAUCUCUACAUUUUUUCACUACACUCUGAAAAAUAAAGGUGCUUAAAGGUUCUUCACAACGAGGCCGUAGUAUAACUAUUUUUGGUUCCAUAAAGAACCAUCGAGUCUCUUACUUACUUUUUUAUAAUUUGAAGAACCUUUUGUGAAACAUAAAGGUUUUUUCAGAUGUAGAGGUUCUUUAUGGAACCAAAAGGUUCUUCUAUGACAUUUCAGAACUUUUUGACGCACCUUUUCUUAAGAGUGUAAUCGUUAAAUUUAAAAAACUUUGUCAUUUCUAUACAGUUUUGUUUAUUACACUUUGCUGCACUCAUACACUGUGACGUUGAUACUAUGCAAUGAGUGUUGUGAAUGGUUGCCUGUCAAAUAGGUUGUGUCCAGACAUCCUCUUUAAGAUGAGGGUCAUUCCCCACAGAGGGGCUGUCUCCAAGGUUGGGGGAAGAACAGAGAAACACAAGCUCAGCCAUAAACAACCCGUCGCCCUGACCUCAGCGAGACUUGCUGCCCUAACAAACGUCAAUCCGAUGUGCCCUCAGGCCUUUAAUUAGCUGUCAAUUAGUGCAAAUUAAUCAACUCCUCGCCUAAUUAAGCAAUGCCGGCAGUUAGUUUCCAAACAGGCUAUUGUGGGAGUUCCAUGAGAAAACUGGAACUAGCAAACUCACUUGGCAUCAGCGGGUCAUUGUGCCCUACACGGUUCACAAGGGGAAAGAUUGUUCUUCACCAUUUUUCUUACUCAGCACAAGGUGUUUGCCGUAACAGACUGCUGUCUUCAGUACUGUAUAUAUUGUGAAGAUCCUUAUUAGCCUCAUUAGUUGUGGAGUGUGAUUUUAAGAGAAUCUAUUGAAAAAUUCAAUAUAAUAUACAUAACUCUGAGUUCAGAGGUGUAUAAAGACCUUGCAUAAUGAAGCGUUAUGUUUUUGUUACCUAAGAAUGAGCUAAUUCUGUCCCCAUACAUGAAAUUCACCAUGUUGUUUCUACAGUAGCCCUAAACGGACAAACUGCAUGUUUCAUAAAUACGUAAUCUCCUUCGGCAAAGAAGCGGAAAUGUGACGACAUGUGACGACCACCAUAGUGUUUUGAAAAGGAAUGGGGAGGCGUGGAGUGAGCCAUUGGUUGUAAUUAGCAACAUCACCAGUAGAUGCCGCUACAUUUCAAUCAAUGAACCUUUAAAAUAUCUUCUUUUUGAUAAUAUAAGAGUACAUAAAUAAUACUUUUGUAUAAAAGUUCAGUAUAAAAACAGUUAAAGAAUAGUGACCCGGCUGACACACCACUGUGCAUGCAUAACCAAUAGCAUAAAAGAUAGUUUAGAGGAAACCCAUUUAAGAUCAAUUCAAAUUUUUGACUUUCGUUUGAUUCUAUACGGGGACAGAGGUCAAACACGUCACAAUUCAUUUAAAAGCAUUGUACUUGGAGGAAUGAUCCUCUUAAAGCUUUCGUUUCAUUGUCAUUCAUAUAAUUCACUCUUUCCUUAGUGCAGCCCGUUGCGAGUGUGCAGAAACAAAAUGCAACAUUAAAAAUGAUUCCUCACAUGUAAUACAUUGCAAAUACAGAAUUAUGACCAAGUAAGCACAAGUAAUUCUUCAUUUAGAUUGCAAGGCAUGAGAAGAUCAAGCACCUGCAAUCUGUGUGGGGGUUGGGCCAAUGCAAUACAAUGUCUCUAUAAUACAGCCCCAUCCCAAAGCUCAUUACCUUGCCGUGACCUUCCAGAGUGAAAGUUCUUUACCUGUUCGCAAAGACAAAUCGCUGUCAGGGGUUCCGAUAUAGGGAACAUGUUUAUUUGUAUGGGUUGCAUUAUCCUGUAAUUGUAACAAUGCUCAUUUCAACGGAUUUUAAAAACUACAGAUGGGUGUGUCACAUCCCGUGUGGAGGUCACGUUUUGCUUGCAUGCAGGAGAUGUUAGAUUUAACUUAAAAAUAAAUAGGCAUACGGAAUGUCUUUGCGAGCCCCGAUGAGAAAGAGAGAGAGCAAAUUUUUUGCAACAGCUGUUUGCCUUUUAAUCUGCUGCCAUCAGAUCUCGCAGUCUUUGAUAGGCCCUCCAAUCUACACGAAUGACUGAACUAAAUCUUUCCUUAAUCUAGAGCCUUAUUAGUUUGUCUUCUUAUGCAUGUAAAUCAGGAUGCAGUCAUUUUCAUAUGGAGAUGGAUUAUUAAAAGCUGUAGAGGGAGAGUGGUUUUUUUCCACUCACAAUAAACAACAAAGGCCAGCUCAGAUUAUACAGCAGAAGUGGUGGCUAAGAGAGGGCAGGAAGCAGUUUGUAAUUGACAGACUGCUUUGACAGAGGGAGCGUCUUGUGAAUAGAUGGGUUUAUCUAGACUGGAUGAUGUGUCAUUUGCAUAUCUUGAUAACAUUGAUUUCUUCAUUACCCUUAAUGAAAUUUCCACUUAAUGGCUUCUAAUUAGUUUCAACUGGUGCCCAUAUUAUUGCAGCGGUAAUAUUUUGCUGGCUCUUAAUCACUGGCGCAGAUUUUAAUGCAAUACGGAAACUAUUUGAUGAAGUUUUAGUUGCCUGAACUUGUUCAUAUACGUGUUUCGCAGAUCGCUUGUUUGCGAUAUAUGUGAUUAAACUUUAGUUUUGUGUGGUUGCCUGUUAUAAUGAUCAUCUCAUGUAAUUGCCAUGGAGCGAGGCCAACGGAGAAUUAGCAUGGAGUGGUAAUUGAAUAACGUCCCAUACGGCCACAUCACAUGGCUUUUCUGUGUUUUUAAGAUGAUUGCAAACAGGAUUACAGUACACCUUAACAUGCCUCAAAUUCACGCACUGUUAUUAUUAUAAGGCCACUUCGGUCUUUCUAUUUCGUUGUUUUGAGAAAAUUCAUCCCAAACGUUCGUUUGCUUCAGGCAGCCCGUGACAAUUAAUUAGCCUUAGAAGUAACCUAUCAGGCGCGCUCCCAUGGGACAUCACGGUCACGGUCUUUCCAGUUCGCCUGCUCGUGCAUCGUGUUCCGCAGGCCCAGCCACGCGCCUCACGUUCUGCUGGUGUCAUAUGAAUCAUGACGUUUAUUUAUGCUUCAGCACAUGGCACUUUGAUAAGAUUGGUGUUAUCUCUGUCUCCAUCAACGGCUCACUGCUCAUUUCCAUAAAUUAUCUCCCAGUAAUUAUCUGUCCAGAUGUCCAAAUUGUGCCACAAAUUAUCUGCAAACGAAUCAAAUCCCACUGUAAUUUAGUAAUAGCUGAUUAGACCUCGACGUAUUAAAAAAAACUGGAUGUAAUUAGAAUAAGCUAUAUUUUGCAUUCUGUUCAAAUGCGUAACACUGUGGUGUGUAGGCCUAACUGUCCUCAUUCAAAGACAUAAUUAUUCCAAAAGUGCUCGAUGAGGCUAUUUUGUGUCAUACAGUCGUCACUAAAGACAGAUAGGAUAAAAGGAUUGGGUUGGAAUAUUACCCUAUAUAUAUUUACCAUUUUAAGUUUAAACAUAAACAUUAGUGUUUGUUAUUUAUGUUUAUUUGUAGUGACUAUUAUUUCAACCAUAAUAUAUAAUGAAUUCAUAGUAAUUGGGCACACAGACUGCUUCCUGCAAUGUUAAUUCCCUAUCAUUUCAAUACUGCAAUUCGUUCGUAAUGCAUAUUUCAUCGUUUAGGCUCUAAACUUUAGAGCGAUCACAACCCGUUAUUAUUUGUUAUUGCAAAUCAUAAAACAGCUGUUGCUGGUGACCUCCGAACGAAAUCUGGAGGGGACUGAACGAAUACUUUCGAUCAAAUGAAUUUUGUUAAAUUGUUUUGUAAAACUACUUAAAUAUUGCUUUUGAAAGUUUCCUGAACAGAUCGAGUGUUGUUUUAGAUAUUUUCUUUUUUUCUAAUUAGUUUGGCAUGUGAAGAGUUUCUGCCACAUAAUUCUUCUAAUGGCUAUGAGAACCCAGUCUACCUACACAUUUUAUCAUAUGAUGAUAGUGUCCUUUCGUGUGCAGUAGGCUAUGCAUUUCGAGUAAUGGACACAUAACAAGUGUCAAGGUGCCAAUUUCUUUUUUUUAACCUACUAAUUUCCAUGCGAAGGUCACUUUUUGAACACUUUUAAAACAUCGAAUCGCCAACUUUCCAAUGGUUUGAUUUCUAAUGGACCUAGAAAUGAGCGUAAGAGCAGAAAACGUUUCAUUGCAUUUGAUUUAUUUCUAUAGGCUACGCAUCUCACAUCGUUUUUAUAUAAAUAUUCUAUUUUAUUACUAUCUAUAAGGGCCUACUAUUUAAUUUUUUAUUCAAACGAAAAAAUAAAUUUAAUUCAAUAUGAAUUUUAAUUCCAAAAUCUCCUUUAUUUGCUAAUUUGGGUUAAACGUUUGAUGAAAACAUCUUUGGAAUAAUUUCAAACAGAAUCUGAUGUGAAUUAAACGACACGAUGCAUAAUAAUAAACCGGUGGAGCAACAUCGUUUAUCCUCUGGAAUUCUAAAUCGCGUACUCGCAGCUGAUUGGCUGGUGAGUUUUGACCCUUGUUGGGAUGGACCUGUUGGAUAAAAGGAGAAUUUCUAGAGGGAUCAUGCGUAUUGCGCUGUGGAUGCCUGUGCACAAGGGACCGACUUGUAUCUGAAAAAGGGAAUAGUCUCAAAGGCACCAUGACAGGAAAGGAUGGGGCUGUGUUGUCGGGAAGUUUGAACAAAUCAAAAUCAGUUUGUGCCGCUGAGAACGGGAGAACUAACAAUCAACAUCUAUCAAAGAGCGCCACUACUCAUACGCCCAAAUGCACGGGCUUCGGCAUUCAGGAGAUUUUGGGACUAAAUAAAGAGCCGUCUUCGGCUCCACGGAACACACUGGACUCUUUUCCAGCUGGGGCGCACCUGUUAGCUACGAGGUCGAUGCUCGGUCCAGCUGGUGUUGGGGUCGGGAUGGGAUUAAUUGGCCCUGGAGGUAUUCCGUCGUUCUACAGCCAGCCAGCGUUUCUGGAGGUGCUGUCAGACGCGCAAAACGUUCACCUUCAGCCGCUCAACAGGACAGUGGGUCCGCUGGAAGCUAACCAUUCUGCUAGCUCUGAUUCAGAGGACGUCUCCUCAAGUGAAAGGAAAAUGUCUAAGUCUUCUCUAAGCCAGAGCAAGAAACGAAAAAAGAGACGACACAGAACAAUAUUUACAUCUUACCAGCUGGAGGAACUGGAGAAAGCUUUUAACGAGGCUCAUUAUCCUGAUGUAUAUGCCAGAGAAAUGCUAGCCAUGAAAACCGAGCUGCCCGAGGACAGAAUACAGGUGUGGUUUCAAAAUCGAAGAGCCAAGUGGAGAAAGCGUGAGAAGUGUUGGGGUCGUAGCAGUGUGAUGGCUGAAUACGGGCUGUAUGGUGCUAUGGUGCGUCAUUCUAUCCCUCUGCCUGAGUCCAUACUGAAGUCUGCUAAAGAGGGCGUGAUGGAAUCCUGUGCGCCCUGGCUUUUAGUUCAAGAUGGUUUUCCUACCACCAGCUGCUUUUCUAAACACGAAUACCCACCAUUCUUUUCAGGGAUGCACAAGAAGUCCUUGGAGGCUGCUGCGGUCCCAUCAAACGAGAAGUCAGAUGUCACUCAGAAACCAUCCAUUCCCAAGACAGAUGAGAGCGAGGCUGAGGAAAAGAGGACAGAGUCACCCAUGUCCAAAGAGGAACUGAGGGAGAACAGCAUUGCUGUUCUCAGGGCAAAAGCACAAGAGCACAGUGCCAAAGUGCUGGGAACAGUUUCUUCUGAGAUAUUGGAGCACAAGAUGGAGAUAUCAGCGACAGAGAAGUCUAGCGAACAGUUAGACGCUAAAGAAGAGGAAAAGAGUUCUUAGGUUAUGCACAGUAAUUCUUCAGUCAUACCUCUUAUGCCAUAAAACAUAGUGUCGGCAUAAAUAUAUCUGGAUUACUUUCUGUUUCUCAUAUUUCUGCAAAAACGGGACAUUUGGUUAUGCAUUUUGUGUUACCUUAGCAAUUUCUAAAUGAUUAAAAUGUGGUAUUCUUUAUUUGAAAAUAAUAUACAUCCCUAUCAUUCCAGGGAUUAACAUUUAGGUUUUUUAAAGUGACAAACAUUCCAGAAGAUCUAAUUAAAAUUGAAUAAUGAUGGAACAUGUUUGUUCCCCUUUGUUAUGAUGGGGAAUUUGACAACUGUGGCAGACCAUAUGUGUUUGGAUGUUUAUUUUAACUUGAACCUGAUCCAAUUUCAGUAUUUAUUUUCUGUCAUUAUUAGAAAGCAGGAACUCCCGAUGAGUUUUGAAACAAAAGAGUUCAGUGCUUCUGUGUUCAUUUUGUACAGUAUCUCUCUUCUAAAACUCUUAGUGGUUAAAAGUUGUAAUAGAGUGUUUUGCUGUAAAUAUUGUAAAUUAAGAUAGCUUGCUACAGUAUUGUUUGAACUAUACAUUAAUGUACUGCAGUCUUAUUAUGUGCUUUUUUUCGUAAUAGGCUAUGUCAAAUGCAAUUCAAAUUAUUAAAAAAGUAUUACAAAUGA